CAAAGUACAUCUAACAGAUAAGGAUGUCCAAAAGGAGAUGGGUAGAAUUCAAGAUCUGCCAAACAAUAAGCUGUACGGCUCCAGUGAAGCGCAGACAGCGAACAGCUUCAACAUCUGCUGCCGCCGCCACGGAGACAGCUGUGAUGGAGGACGAGGAGAGGCAAAAGAAGCUCGAGGCCGGCAAGGCAAAGUUGGCUGAGUACCGUCAGAGGAAAGCUCACACAGAUUCCCAGAAGAAACAGAAAAAGAAGAAGAAAAAGAAGCCAGCAGAUGACUUGGAGGAAGACUGGCCAGGAAGGGUGGAAGCUGUGCCAGAUCAGUCUGCAGGAGGAGAUAACGUUUCAGGUGGAGAGCGAUAUGGUUCACAGAGACCAAAAAAAGACCCACCCACCGCAGAGUUUACCUUCACCAGGACGCUGCAUAGUGGGGACACCGUUAAGCACGAUCAGACCUACACCAUAGAGCCAGAGAGUGAAGUAUCAACUACUGCUGAAGAUUAUUCUUCAGAGGUAAAUGGGUGCCAUGAUGUCUCAGAGAACCUGUUGAAGUCUUCGAUGGAUUUGAUAUGGGAGGAGGUUGAACACCUGCGACAGGGGACCCAGGACGGCACAAUACAAGAUAUGGAAGAUGCUCUAGCAGGCAAGAACCAGGCAGAGGAGGAAUUAAAACAAGAUUUUGAGGAAUACAGGACUGCUUUUGCGGCAGAGGAAGUUCAGCAGUUGCAGGACUUUGAGGCUGCUCUGAAACAGCGAGAUGGUAUCAUCACUCAGCUGACUACUAAUCUACAGCAAGCUCGAGAGGAGAAGGAUGAGAUCAUGAAAGAAUUCCUUGAGCUAACGGAACAAAGUCAGAAACUGCAAAUCCAAUUCCAGCAGCUGCAGGCGGGUGAGACACUGAGGAACACCAGCCACAGUAGCACAGCAGCUGAUCUCCUGCUGGCCAGGCAGCAGCUCAUCCAGUACCAACAACAGCUGGAAGAAAUGAAUGUUGAGAUCAGAAAAUAUCAGGAAAGCAACAAUAAACAACUGGAGGAGAUCAGCCAGCUCCAGCAAAACCUCAGAGAAAUGGAGAUAUUGGGGAGAAGCUCAGAAGAAUCAUUUACCCAAAAGAUAAAUGAAAAAGACCUGCUGAUUGCUGAACAAGAAAAAAUUAUAACGAGACAGGAGCAGUCAGUGACUGAAUUAAAAAUGGCAGACGAGUCAUUUCACCAAACAAUGCAAGAGAAACAGAAACUCGUUGAUGAGCAAACUGCAAUAAUUUCAGAACAUGAGCAGUCAUUGACGUUGCUUCGAGAUGAACUGGUUCGUCUGGGGAGGACUGCAGAAGACGAUAUUAUCCACAAGUCUCAUAAAGAUCAGAUAAUAGCAGAGCAGGAGGGAGUUAUUUCAGAGCGUGACUGCUGUAUUACCCAACUACAGGAUGAACUGGAGUCAUCUGAGAAACGCCUCCGUGACCUCCAUCAGCGAAUGGCUGCAGGAGAACUAGAGCUUGAAAGAUGCCUGGAUGAGUUGGAAAGCCUUAAAUGUGACUUGAACAGCUCAAAAAGUGAAACGGAGAGUUGUAAAUUGGAGUUGGAGAACGUGCAAAAGGAGUUGGAAAUCUACAAGAAUGAACUUGCGAAUUCCAAGCAAAAGGAGCGAAUGUCAUCUAAUGAAAUUAUGCAGCUCAUGGGCACAGUGGAGGAGCUCCAAAAACGCAAUCAUCAGGGCAUGCUUUCUGAAGGUGACCUGAUCCAAAAAAUGCAGGAAGAAACUGGAAAGAAACUUGAAUUUCUCAGGGCAGAGUUGGAUGAGAUGUAUGGCCAGCAAAUUGUCCAGAUGAAGCAGGAGCUGAACUUAAAACAUGCAGCAGACAUGGAGGAAAUGGCUGCACACCAUCAGACUGAACUGGAGCUUAUAAAGGCACAAUCUUUAUCUCACACUUCCAAUGUUGGUACAGUUGAAGCGGAAACACUCAAUGCAACAAUUAAAGAGCUUCAAGUGGCACUAGAUCAGUCUGAAGAAAUGCACGAUAAAACCAGACAUGAGCUAAGCAAAGUUUCUCGAGAGAAGCUCGGCCUCCAGUCCAAAGUUGAGGAACUUCUUCGAGAUCUCAGUUCUGCUAAAGAAGAAAUGGAGCUGGCCUCCAGCAAUCUAAUCUCUCAGGAAAGUCAAGAUGAACUGCAGCACCUUCAGGAUAGUCUUAGCAAUCUACAAUGCCAGUUGGCUGCAUUUCACGAAAAUACAAAAGAGGCAGAAGCGAAGCACGAGUCAGAAGUAACCAACUACAAAAUCAAGUUGGAGAUGCUUGAGAGGGAGAAAGAUGCUGUGCUGGACCGCAUGGCAGAAUCACAAGAAGCUGAGCUGGAACGACUGAGGACUCAGCUUCUGUUUAGCCAUGAAGAAGAACUCACCGUUCUGCGUAAAGCGUUGCAGAGGGAGAACUGCCAAAAUGCAGAAAACCUUCUCCAAGAAGCUGCUGUCAAACAAGAAAGAGUAUUGAAUGAGCUGCGCACUGGCUAUGAAGAACAACUGUAUUUGUUACAAAGAGAGAAGGAAAGUGCUGCCACAGAGCGCGAUGAGCUUUUACACCAAAUUCAAGCACUUAAAGAAGAUCGUAACCAGGUUUUAGAUGACUCUAAAGCACAUGAGGCUGUCCAACAGCUUCAUGAGCUUCGAUUAGAACUUGUGGAACUGAGAAAGCAAGAAAGAAAACAAGCUGAUAUUGAGAAUGAAAUUCAGACAUUACUACUAAAAGGAGAGGUUCUAGAAAACAAGGCAAAAGAGCAAGAACAGUGUUGGCAAAACAAAUUCAAAGAGUGGGAAUUAGAAAAGGCAUCACUUGAGAAAUCUACAAUGGCUUUGAAGGAAGAGUUGUGCUCAAAGAAUAUGGAAAUCGAGACCCUUGAAGCACAGCGCAAAGAACUACAGCAACAAAUAGCUCAUCUUUGUGAUGAAGCGGAAAAGCAAAGGACUACUUUCUCUUUUGCCGAAAAGAAUUUUGAAGUAAACUAUCAGGAGCUCAAAGAGGAAUACACCUGCCUCGUCACGGCAAAGGCGCAGCUAGAGAAGACGCUGAAGCAGACAUUUGAGUUUGAGGCAAAAAUUGCCAGCCUGCAGUCACAGAUUCAAGAGGUGGAAGGAAGCAGCACAGGCAUCAGAGUAGAGGAAACCUCUGCAGAUAGUAAAGCGCUGACUGAAAAAGAUGCAACAGAGUUAAUGGAGAAGCUUAAUGUUACUGUUGGUGAGAAAGAAAGCUUGGCUGUGAAGCUUUCUGAAGUCACAGAGCAACUGAUGUGUACAGAGAAUAAAGUGGGACAGCUGGAAGAAGAGCUGUUAACACUGAGGCGAGAAAACAAGAAGGUCAUUGCCCAAAAUGACAGCCUGGUGAAAGAACUGGAUAAAGAACAACAGAUUAUGAGAGAGCAGAGAAGAGGGCAAGCUGCCCAGAGAAAAGCUAAGCUCCAGCAAGAAAAGCAGCCCAUUGAGCCUGUUGCUUUAGUUUGUUCUGUUGGGGAUCAUCACCUACAGAUUCAGUCUCUGCAAGGGGAGGUGGAGGCUCUACAGUCUCUUUUAAGAGCAGCUGAAGCUGAGAAAGACAGCAUCCGGCAGACUCUGGAGCUCCAGCGACUGAAACAGACUCCAUCUCCAGCCGCGGUUCAGUCCUCAGGGGAGGCACCUGUUGAGGGACGAUCCUCCCUGCAAAAGUCCUCAGGGUCCAGCAGGCGUAAGAGACGACAGAGGUUGAAGCAAGAGCGCAAACUAUUCGGCACUGAUUGUGCAGACAGCCGGGAGGAAACACAGAGGGAGGAGGAGGAGGAGGACGAGGAGGAGGCUUUAGUGGAAGAAGAAACAGCCACAAGUGCCGCAGAGCCAGAGAUGCAGUCUCGUAUACAGAGACAGGUUUUGUCAUGUUCACAAGAGAGUGCCGGUCGGGAGGACUCCACAGACGGGUACCAGGGAGACCGAAACAGAGAACACAUUAACAAACAGAUGAGGAGCCAUGCAGCCAGCUGCCACAUGGAGGCUGCGUUGAAUCCAGAAGCAGAGGAAGAGACAACACAACAUGGUGAGUGCAGGUUGCAGAUGGAGGCUCAGCGUAUCAGCUUGUCUCAGAUCCAUGCUGCUCAGCUUGAGCUUUUGCAGGAGGAGACUGAUUACUACACACAGUCUCCAAAGCUCAAAGAGGACCACAACCAGGAUGAGCCAAAAAUCUUCAAAUACCAGAAAUUAUUGGAAGCUGUUUCAGAAGAGAGCAGAGAGAUUGUUCUGUCUCUUCAAAACAUGCUGGGUGAAGAGCUUUCAGAAAAUGUUGAUUCAGCAAGCAGGCAACUCUCUUCAGUUGAAACACCAGAAACUAGUGAAUCUAACUCUGUUCUGCUCCGUGCUAGAGAGCUCUACAGAGAUCUUCGGCAGGUAAAAGCAAGAAUUGAGCAGGAAUAUAACCAACUGUUACAACUCCAGUCUGUAUUAAGAGCUGAUGAAAACAAGAUGGCAGAAUUGCAGAGGACAUAUAAUGAACUAAAGAGCAGCAGCGAGAAAGAGAUUGCUGAUCUACAUGUGCAAGUUGCCAGCUUCAGUUCCUCUGCAAGCAAAGAUCUAGAGAACCCGGCUGGUGCACAAUCCCCCUCUCUGUCCGUGCAGCUUCAAAGGCAGCAUGCCGAAGCACAAGAAAAGCAGCUUCAGCUGGAGGAGAGUCACAGACAAGAAAUGGAUCGUCUCAGAGCACACUACCAGCAGCAAGCAAUGGAGACCGAGCAGCGCUACACUACCGAGCUGUCUAUGUUGGAGCAACAGCUGCAGGAGGUUACAGCUACUGAAUCCUAUAAUAGGGUUACAGAGUCCGCAUCAGAGAAAAUGGAAGUGCAAACUGAGGAACAAAAGGCACUUUCAGAGGAGUCAUUAAAGGGAGGUGCAGGGUUACUUUGGUCUACAAGGACUGUGGGCCUGACAGCACAGCUCCAAGCGCUGAGGAAGGCGCUCUAUAACAAGUACAUGCAAGAAGUAGCUACUCUGAAAGAGCAGCACAGCAAGGAGCUGAGGAGGCUGAAAGAGCAAAGGGAGCAAGAGAGGAAAGCAGGGGAGCGUUUGCAAGAAAAAGCAGAGGCGAGUAAGGUUGAACACGACGCUGACAGCUUCAACAAGAGUGGAUGUUCCACUGAGAGCCUCGGAACAAAGGAGCAAGUCCCGCUGGAAGAGAAACAACACUGGGAGAAAGUGGAAGAGGAAGUUGCCAAGGUCAUAGUUCAGAUGUCAGUGCAGUUUGCACAGCAGACUGAGCUGGCUCAAGCCAGCAGACGCGCCUGCCAGACGAGCACAUCGAUGCAGACUGAGCGCGAUGAAGCGGUGGCAGAUGAGAAAGAAGCGUGCACUCCUCGAGUUUCUCCUACUUCAGGUGUUUGGAUGGAGGAGGAGGAGGAGGCAUUAGAAAAAGAGUUGGAGGAGCGGAAUGCUGAGAUUGAAAAGUUAAAGGGGGAGCUGCAGAAUGCCAGAUCCAGACAUCAGCAGGUGUUAAAGCACAGUGGGGCGGGUCAACAGGAAGUUGAAGAGGAGGAAGACCCAGGUGAGCUGGGAUCAAAGCAGGCCGGUCAGCCCAAUCCUUCAUCUCAGGAUGAUGGCGAGAGCGCUGAUAAGGACAUUUUACCUGCUGAAAGAAACCUCUUGCGUAAAACCAAUGAGAAGCUAUGUCAGGUUCUGGUUGAUGUCCUGAAGACCACGGCAGCAGCGGAGGAGACGAUUGGCCUCCACAUGCAGAGUCUGUGUGAUACUUCCAGUGGUCAUCAGCAGACUGCAUCGCCUCAGUCCACCACACAGAGAGUAACGAGGGUGAACACAGAGCCCGUCAGACCUCACUCUGCAGAAAGUUGCCAUAGCAGCCAAACCGUCGCAGCCGAUGUGAGUGUGGGGUCCGGAGAAGCGGAUGCUGACGAGGACUUGGAGAUGUCCCAGCAGGUGAUGGACUCGCUGCUGCUGGGGGUGGGAUCACAGCUGGAGAACGAAGAAUAUUUGAUGAGCAUUAGCAGCCGACUCCAAACUGCUUUGGAGAAGAUGUUGAUGACCAUCACAGACACCACCAACCAGCUUGAACAUGCCCGGGUGACCCAGACUGAAUUGAUGCGGGAGUCCUUUCGCCAUAAUCAGGAGAUAAAGGACCUGCUGCAGAAGCAGGAGGAGCUGCAGGAGAGGGUGUUGGAGGAGGCGCGAGCACGGGAACAUCUGGCUCAAGAGCUUCAAAGAGCGGAGGGUCUAAUCGAUGGCUACACGGGUGAACGGGCUGCGCUGGAGGAGCAGUUACGCCAGAAGGAAGAAUUCCAGCUGAGCCUCGAGCAAGAACUACAGGUGACAAGUAGUCGGUUGCAUGAAUUGGAGCAGGAGAGGCUGCAGAUGCAGCAGGAGCGAGAACUGCUGGGACGACAACAGGAAGUCAUGAAGGAGCAUGCUGGGCCUCGUGAACUUCGCCUAGUUGAAGCUGCAAUGGUUGCAGCACCUGAAGCAGACCUACUAGAAGAGACAGAAAAGCUAAUGAAAGAGAAAGUGGAGGUGCAGCUUCAGGCAGAAAAGGAGAGCACGGACCUCCUGAAGCAGGUGAAGCUUCUGGAAGUAGAGCUGGAAGAGCAGGUCAACAGGGUGAUCGAACUGGAACAUGCUCAGAAGACAGAGGGCGGAGAUCUCCGACAACAGAUCCAGGCUUUGGAGAAACAGCUGGAGAAGAACAGGAGGUUCCUUGACGAGCAAGCUGUGGACCGAGAGCAUGAGAGGGAUUUCUUCCAGCAGGAGAUCCAGAAACUGGAGCAACAGCUAAAGAGUCCACAGAAGCUUCAGGCAGUCUCAGAGCAAAGAAACAAAGAGGUGGAGCAGCUGACCGCCCAGCUGAAGGAAAAGGCGGAUUGGUGCAGUGAGCUGCUGCUCAGCUCAGAGCAGCUGCGUCGUGAGUUGGGAGAGCGUGACGAGGAGAUUGACAAACUGGAGAGCCGCAUCCGUGAGCUGGAACAGGCCCUGCUGGCCAGCGCCGAGUCCCUGGAGAAGGUUGAACAAAAGAAGCAGCAUGCAUCCUUCACAGAUGCCACACACUCCACACUGGAGGCUCAGUUACAGACUGAAAGAGAAGCUUUGGAGCGGAAAGAGAAAGAGAUCUGUAACCUGGAGGAGCAACUGGAACAGUUCAGGGAGGAGCUGGAGAACAAGAGUGAGGAGGUCCAGCUACUUCACAUGCAGCUGGAGAUCCAGAGGAAGGAGCUCAGCAGCCAGCAACAGUACCUAGAAAUGAGGGACAGCAUGAUCCAGGUGAUGGAGGACAAGGACAGGGAAAUAGCACUUCUUAAUGAACAGAUCACUAAGCUCCAACACAUGGAAACAUCCUCUGAUAACAAGGAAAUUGAUGCGCGAGAUGAGCUGAUAAAAGAAUUGGAGUCCCAAGUGGAGUGCAUGCGGAGCGAACAAGAACGCUUAAAGGUGAAUAAUGUGGAGGAGCUCGAUCAACUGAACGCAGUCAUUGACAAACUCCAGCAGGAACUGGCAAACAUCGAGCAGAAGCAGACUGCCGAAGAAGAUGACGAAUCAAAGAGCAGAGAGUCAGGGCCAUGUCAAGAGGAAUAUGAUGACAUGAAGCACAGAAUGGACCUGGCCAGCAAAGAGCUUGUUGCCCUGCAAACAGAGCACAGCAAGCUGAGGGAGAUGUAUCAGCAAUUGCAAGAAAGUUCAGCGGCAUUUGCUGAAAGUGAAAAAUCAGGGAGCUUGGAGCGUGAACUUAUAGAAGUUCUCAGGGAAAAAAACGCUCACCUUGUAGUCUUGCAGGCUGAAGUGCAAGCAUUAGAACAAAGUGCAACAUCCAGAGUGGAAGAGUUGACGCUUCGCAUUCAAGAAUUGGAGGACUUGGUUGGUGAAAAAGACUAUGAGCUAGCCCGCUGUCGGCUCCUUGCAGAGCAAACGCAAAGCCAAGCAGGUGGUCUCCAAACAAAAGUCUCCAGUCUAGAGGAAAAUCUGAGUGAGAGAAUGGCUGCAGCAAUCGUCAGUCAGGCCACUCUUGAGGCUUUCCAGCAGCAGGCGUCACAAGGGUCUGAGAAGGAUCUGCACAGACCAGUGGAGCCACAAGUUGUCGACUUUGACAACUUUACUAUUCCCCAAUUGGAUUUCAGUAACUUGGGUCAAGCUAGGCAAGCUCCCACUGGGAAGGUUGUCCAUUUGACACAGAAGCUCCGUGAACUAGAGGUGGGUCUCAGUGGGAUGCAGAAAGAUCAGGAGCUCCAGAAGCAGCUGCUCUCCAGCUCUGAGGAGGAGGUGAUGGAGUAUGAAAGGAGACUGGCUGUGCUCAUGGACCUGCUGAGUCAGAUGAAGAGGAAGACAACCCAGAGAACAACCCUGUUUGUUGAGUCCAUGUCUGCCGAUGGCCAGCCACCUGUGUCAGAGCUUCUUCAGGAGUUGCAGGAGGUCAGAGAUGAGGCGUCGACCACUGAAGAACAGCUCAGUAACUACAAGGAGAACUGCAGUAGACUCCAAGAGGAACUCAAAGAGAAAACUGCAACAAUGGAACGGCUCAAGGAUCAGCCUCAAAGGGUAUUGUCUGGUAGCAGCGAGGAAGGAAAGAUCUCUGAGCUUCGAAAGGAACUUGCAAAGGCUCAGAAUGAAGCAGCUACCACCAAAGAGGAGCUGAACAGCUUCAGGGAGAGCUGCGAGAAGCUGCAGGAGCUGCUGCAGGAGAGGGAAAUUACCAUUGCACACCUUAAAGAUGAGCUAAAUCAGCACGUCACUGCUAAAGAUGAUGGAGCCAGCAUGAUGGAGCUUCUGCAAGAGCUCCAGGAGCUCAGAAAAGAUGGUUCCACUACCAAAGAAGAACUCAGUAGCUCCAAGCAGCAUAUUGAGAAACUUGUGAAUGACCUUCAAGUGCGCGAAGACUCUAUUUGUAAACUCAGAGAGGAGCUCGAAGAAGUGAGUAAAACUAUGGAUUCCACCAAAGAAGAACUCUGCAGCUCCAAGCAGCAUAUUGAGAAACUUGAGAAUGAUGUUCAAGUGCGUGAAUUCUCCAUUUGUAAGCUCAGAGAGGAGCUUGAAGAAGUCAGAAAGACUAUGGAUGCCAUCAAAGAAGAACUUUGCACCUCUAAGCAACAUAGUGAGAAACUUGAGGGUGAUGUUCAAGUGCGUGAACUCUCCAUUUGUAAGCUCAGAGAGGAGCUUGAAGAAAUCGGAAAGACUAUGGAUGCCACCAAAGAGGAACUUUGCAGGUCCAAGCAGCAUAGUGAGAAACUUGAGGAUGAUGUUCAAGUGCGUGAACUCUCCAUUUGUAAGCUCAGAGAGGAGCUUGAAGAAGUCAUACAGACUGUGGACGCCACCAAAGAAGAACUUCACAGCUCCAGGCAGCAUGCUGAACAACUUCAGGAAGACCUUCAAGAGCAGGAAGUUUCUUUAUGUAAUCUCAAAGAGGAGCUCCAAGAGGUCAGAAAGAACAUGGAUACCACCAAAGAAGAACUAAACAGCUCCAGGCAGCAAAAUGAGAAACUUCAGAAUGACCUCCAGACCCGUGAGGUUUCUGUUUCGAACCUCAACAAGGAGCUCCAAGAGGCACGGACAGCUCUGACCAAGGCAACAGACUUAGCUUCUAAAUCCCCUUCUCCAUCUCCCCAAAUCCAUUCUUCUGCUUCUUCCGCCUCCACAAUCCAGCCCAAACGGAAAGGAGGAAAACAGCUGACUGUAAAGGGAAGCAGUGCCAAAGAUAAGCCAUCAGUCUCCAGAAAAACCUCUUCUUCUUCCAGCCAGUCCUCCAGCAAAAUUCCGAGCCCUGUGCAAAACAGUUUCUCUGAGCGGCAUCGCGUGGCUGUAACAGACUCGUUCACACAGACUGAUGCUGUACAAAUGUCUGACCUUGGUCCUGACAACAAGCCUGCACCAACUACCACCAAAGAAGAGAUGGACGAGGUGAUUGGAGAGUUUCAGGAGAAGAUUGUUCAGAUGCAGGAACUCCACGCUGCAGAAAUCCUAGACAUGGAGGCUCGACACAUUUCAGAGAGUGAGAUCCUACGCAGAGACACACAGGCACUGGAGGACGAGUGCAAGGCUCUUAAGGCGAUUAUUGACAAGCUGCGCUCUGGUGAGGGCCCUUUAUCAAGACCAGACCGUCCUGCUUCACUGUUCAAAGACGGCUACACCAGUGACAGCAGCUCAGACUACAGCCAGCGGACUGGAUAUGACCUCCCAAGCUUGCAGCAAGAAUUCAGGACAACACCCGAAGGUGCAAGAAGAGAGCCUGAUGAUCCAUUGCCUGAUCGGAUCAAGACAUUGCUCCGUGAGGUGCACCAGGAGGGCAUGCAGGUUCUUUCUCUGUCGGAGCUUCCUCUCUCGGAAGGUGAACCGACCAGCCAGCUCCAUAUCCAAGGAUGGGCCAAGGAGAGACAGGAUUUGCUGGCAAACGUGGAGGCUCUCAAAGACCUUAUCACCCAGAUGAAGAAAGACGGGGAAACACAGGCUUCUGACACUGCGGAUUGGCGCCAGGAGCUCCUCGAUGCUGUGCGGCUGGUGUUUGUGAGGGAGCGGAGCAUCCUGAAAAACGCCCUCUACAGCCAGCUCGACCUGCUGGACACCAGUGACGCCAUCAUCCACCUCAAUCACUUAGAGCGCCAGCUGGCUGAACAGGACGCCGAGCACAGAGAGGCCAUGUCAACUCUUCACACUGCCGAAAGGUCCAGCCUCAUCUCUGAGAUUCAGCAACUCCGUAAUCAACUACAGCAACUCCAUCAAGGUGCCAAGCCUGUGGUGUCGAUGCCUGGUGAAUCUAGUGUGCAGGAGCAGAGAGGAGGUGGUGCUGCUGAGGCUAACAGGCUGUUGGUGGAGGAGCUGAAAUGUGAAUUGUCUCAGACCAAACUGGAGUUGGAGACUACGCUUAAGGCGCAGCAUAAAUACCUCAAAGAGCUGGACACACUUAGGAGUGAAGUAUCUCAGAAGGCUGCUGAGGUGGACACUCUGAACGACCAGCUGUCUGACGAGAAGAAAAGAAUCAGAGAGCUUCAGUGGACUGUGGAGAGGGAGAAGUGUAGAACAGGAAGAAGUGAAGAAAGCAAGAGAGAAGAACUGGAGGACUUGCACCUCACUGUGGAAGAGCUCAAGAGCCACGUGGCCCAACUGACCUCGGCCUUGGAGCAGGAACGUCAGGACUCCUCUCAGCUCGCUUUGCAGGCUGACCAGGAGCUCCUGAACCUCCGCCGGCACCUCCAGGAGCUACAGGUGCAACUGGAGACAGAGAGAGCCAAGGCCCAGGAAAUGAGCAUCGCCCUGGCGAGAGAGCAGGAGCUGCGCCAACGUGGUACAUCCAAGGAGGAGCAAGUGGAGGAGGACAGAAGUGGGCUCAAUGAAGAGGGGAGCCUUCUAGAAAGAAUGCAAAGGGAGCUCGACGACAAACACACACAGGUGGUGCAUGUCCUCAGUCAGUUAGAGGCCCAGAGGCUAGAAGUGAUACGAAAAGAGGCACAGCUGACUUCAGUGAGUCAGGGGUCAAGACGAGACCAGGAGGCGCUACUCGAGGUUCGGAGCCAACUGGAGAACUUCGAAACGCGACUUUCUGAAGCCCAGGAGCAGCUGGAAAGGGAACUGGAGAGAAGUAGGAGGUUACAGAAUGAAAAGGAGCAACUGGAGGAGAGAUUAGUCCACUUAGAUGGCCAGAGAGGAGGAGGAGGCAGCGAUGAAGGAGGAGCACUGCACUCAGACAAUCACAACGUUGGGUGGCGCAGUGAUCCCACUGACCGCACCAAAGACUGGGUGUUCGAGCAGAAGAGCAGAAAUGAUCCAUCAGUGAGCCUCAGUAUGCCCACUCACCUGGAGAUUACUCAGUCAGGUCACAUCGGUGGAUCAGGCCAAGGCCACCAUCGUAUGGUUGACAAACUCCACCUCAUUUCCUCAAAGAUCCACAACAUCACAAGCAAAACUCCCGGCAGUUUAACCACUGAGGUCAAUAGUGAAGAUUUGACCUGGGUCCAGUCCAGCAUUGAUGAGGUCAUCACUAUGCUGCAGCAGUUCCAGAGUGUACCCGUUGCUGAGAGAUUCUCCCUGCUGGCAGGAGGCUCCUCCAGCUCUCUGACGGAGAGGCUGCUGAGGCAAAACGCUGAGCUAACUGGUUUUGUCAGCCGCCUAACUGAAGAGAAAAACGAUCUGAGGAAUCACACGCUGCAUUUGGAAGAAGAGCUCCGCCGUUACCGGCAGGCUGGACUGGGAUCAGGAGGCGGCUUGAGCAGCAGGAGAGGAAUCCUGACUGGGGACUCAGCAGGUUUGCUGCUUUCUCAGGAGAGAGAGGCUUGGACUCGAGAAAAGACACGCUUGGAAAAAUCCUUGCAUGCAGUUCAGGCUCAGGUGGCCCGACUCCGGGGAGAGAUCAGGACCAACAUGCUGCGAGAAAUAACCGGACCUGAGGCUGACAAUGCCGCUCUAAAGAGGAUGUACGGAAAGUACUUGAGGUCAGAAAGCUUCCGGAAGGCGCUGAUCUACCAGAAGAAGUAUCUCCUCUUACUGCUGGGUGGCUUCCAGGAGUGUGAGGAAGCCACGCUCUCCCUCCUCUGCAGGAUGGGCGGUCGGCCUUCACUCACAGCUAUGGACUCUGGCAGCCAGCGCCGCCGAGCGCUGAUGCGCUUCCGUUCCGCUGUCCGAGUCUCUAUCGCCCUCUCCAGAAUGCGUUUCCUAGUUAAGCGAUGGCAGAGGGCUACAGGAACGAGCUCUGUGACCUCGGGAGCCAUCAGCAAAAAUGCAGCCGGACAGGCGAUGGGUACGGAUGUGAGAGACUCACCUUAUCUUCAUCCGCGCAGUGUGGAAGUGUACAGGGAAAGAGGAGGAGGCGGAGUCUCCAGCAGCAGGGGGCGGAGUGGGCGUGAAUCACCCAGAUCAGCCUGCUCCCUGCACCACAGGUUUCAUGCGGCCAGUGACCAUGGAGCUCUCACCUGCUCCCACCUGCAGAGCUACGACCCUGACCGUGCGCUCACAGACUACAUCUCCAGACUGGAAGCCCUGCAGAGGAGGCUGGGGAGUGUGACAUCAGGUGCUUCUUCAUAUGCUCACUUGCACUUUGGCUUGAGAAGAUAGAUGCUGACAGGUUGUUCUGGCUUGAAGAAACUCAGUUGCCUUUUCUUGUGCUGAGCGUUCUGGGUUUUGUUUGUUUGUUUUGUUUUUUCAAAUCGUUCUGUUGUGGACUGUGUAGUUCCAUGUGGACCAAACCACGUUUUCUAAAAGUGUACGACAUGUUGUGUUCAGGCUUCUUGUCGCACUUGAAAAACAGCGAUGUUUGUAAUUUUAUCUGCCUCUCUGUUGUAGAUGUUCUACAGUCGUGUAUAUUUGUUGAUGCUAAUUUAAAAUCUUGUGAUUAAUUUAUGUUGAGUGUGGGUGGAGCUUUAUGUGGAGACUGUUUGGGUUUAUCGUUAAGGAGGCUGCUACUGGAUAAUCAACACUACACUGUGUUUUGUUUAGGCCGAUUUCUCGGACAGACUACAAGGGGACAUUUGUAGAGAACGUAUUUUUGUAAAGCGUAGGAGCUUGAAUUUUCUGGGUAUUUUGUCAGAAACUGAAAUAAAGAGAACAGCAAUAUUUGAAAUAUUUUCACA